GCGGAGGGAGGGGGCGGCCCGGCCCGGCCCAGCUCUGCCCCCGGCCGGCCCGACCCCGGCCCCAGUCCCCGGACCAGCCCUUAUCUGAUCCCAGCUCCGGGUUUAAGAGUCCUGGCCUUGCCCGUCGCACAGCUCCGUUCCUCACUCCUGCCCGCCCCGUCCGUCGGUCUGUCCCGCUGCCCAUCCGAGGGGCCACUCCACCCCGGACCUAAGAUGACAUCAGUUGCCAAGGUGUAUUACAGCCAGACCACUCAGACAGAAACCCGGCCUCUAAUGGGCCCAGGUAUACGGAGGCGGAGAGUCCUGACAAAAGAUGGUCGCAGCAACGUGAGAAUGGAGCACAUUGCCGACAAGCGCUUCCUCUACCUCAAGGACCUGUGGACAACCUUCAUCGACAUGCAGUGGCGCUACAAGCUUCUGCUCUUCUCUGCAACCUUUGCAGGCACCUGGUUCCUCUUUGGUGUGGUGUGGUAUCUGGUAGCUGUGGCUCAUGGGGACCUGCUAGAGCUGGGCCCUCCGGCCAACCACACCCCCUGUGUGGUACAGGUGCACACACUCACUGGGGCCUUCCUCUUCUCCCUUGAAUCUCAGACCACCAUUGGCUAUGGCUUCCGCUACAUUAGUGAGGAAUGCCCACUGGCCAUCGUGCUUCUUAUUGCCCAGCUGGUGCUCACCACCAUCCUGGAAAUCUUCAUCACAGGUACCUUCCUGGCAAAGAUUGCCCGGCCCAAGAAGCGGGCUGAGACCAUCCGUUUCAGCCAGCAUGCAGUCGUAGCUGCCCACAAUGGGAAGCCCUGCCUUAUGAUCCGAGUCGCCAAUAUGCGUAAGAGCCUCCUCAUUGGCUGCCAGGUGACAGGCAAACUGCUUCAGACCCACCAGACCAAGGAGGGUGAGAACAUCCGGCUCAACCAAGUCAAUGUGACUUUCCAAGUAGACACGGCCUCUGACAGCCCCUUCCUCAUUCUACCCCUUACCUUCUACCAUGUGGUAGAUGAGACCAGUCCCUUGAAAGAUCUCCCUCUUCGCAGUGGUGAGGGUGACUUUGAGCUGGUGCUGAUCCUAAGUGGGACAGUGGAAUCCACCAGUGCCACCUGCCAGGUGCGCACUUCCUACCUGCCAGAGGAGAUCCUUUGGGGCUAUGAGUUCACACCUGCCAUCUCACUGUCAGCCAGUGGUAAAUACAUAGCUGACUUCAGCCUUUUUGACCAAGUUGUGAAAGUGGCCCCUCCUAGUGGCCUCCGUGACAGCACUGUACGCUAUGGAGACCCUGAGAAGCUCAGGUUGGAGGAGUCAUUAAGGGAGCAAGCUGAGAAGGAGGGCAGUGCCCUUAGUGUGCGCAUCAGCAAUGUCUGAUGGCUUGGUUUCCCACCGCCCCAUCCCUCUGGUCUCUUUCCCUCUUUUGGCAGCCUGGGUAAGGCAUAUUACUCAGGCUUACUGGAGAGCCCCAGAAACACCCAUUUUCCACUCCCUCUUUAACUCAGUGGCCUGUGGGUAGUCUAGGCCAAUUGGAAUCCAAGUUUUCCUCCCAUUGUCCCCUUUUACCUCGUCCCACUUCCACCCCAAGAUACACACCUCCUUUAAGCCAGGAUGGGGGAAGGAGAGGGAAGAUUAGGCUGAAGUGGCUUAGAAGGCCUCAGCCAUGCUUGGAGACUCACAUUAGGAGGACCGUGCAGUUGGAUGGAUAGACUCCCCCCCACCUCCCGCCAUCACCAGAAAGUUGGGUGACUUGAGGCUGGAGCCCCCUUCCUCUCUAUCUUCCCACCUACCAAGUUCCCUAAGGCAAGACUCUCUGAUGAUCCCUGUGAGGUCUGUGCCCUUGGAAAUAUAGGAAUCUGAAAUUAAUUUAUCGUGGGUUCUCUACCAACCUGUUGAAAGAAGUUAGGGUUUUUCAUGGUGUAGUUAAUUUCUGUUGGUAACUCUCGACUAUAACCUAGGAACUUGGCCACUACUAUUUUCCUCUUUCUAGUUUCUCAAGUGGACCCUUUCUUAGCAUACCCAGUUAUCUCAUAGAUGCCUCUGUUCCUGCAGGAUUGGAGUUAACCCAAGAAAUACAAAACAUAUAGUCACACCUACCACACCUGCACCCAUUCUGGAUUCUGAACUCUUCAGUGUGGAAUGAAUAAUGCUGAACUGUUGUCCAAAACCUUGGACCUAUCCUCCAGGCAGCCCUGGGAUUUGUUUCCCUGUGCCUUGUGAAUGGGAUGAUCCUCACCAGUAUGUUCCCCUGGAAAAAGUCUAGUGCUCAGCCCCAUGGAAAGGCCUAGAAAUGGUGUUCCAGAUUACACUGUCCCUGGCUUCUUGAAUUCUUUCCUGCCCAGCCCAGCCCUCUCUUCCCUUAACCCCAACCCUUUGCAGGGAGGGGAAAUACAAGGACCUCCCUCUCAACACUGAUGUUCUACUAAAACUAGAUUCACAGGGGACAGAUUCCCCAGGAAAGUUAAACCAACCCCACCAAGUGGGAUGAGUAGAUUUCCAGACUGCUGUAUGGAGCCUCUGGGAAAUGGGGAUGUUUUGUUAAGGUUUGGGCAAAGGCAGAACUCUGGCUGGCAGACACUAUUCUCCCUAUUAUCCCUCCCAAGGCCCUUCUGAAAAGUGCCAGCUACUUCAUUAGGUAAUACUGGGAGGGAAGGAAAUUAUACCUCCUGACCAAGUAACCACAGUCUCCCUCAGCCAUUUCUGAGACUUGGUAUAAAAUGAGUAUCAGCCUCAUCUCUACUUUCCUCUGCCAUGAGGCCAGUUUUAGGCAAGUUAAAAGGUGUACUGUAAGAGAUCUGACUCAGGCCAUUCCUUGUUCCCUUGUGGGGACUGUGGUUGGAGUCAGGAAGUUUAUGUAUUGGCACCAGAACUUUCUCUAAAGACCCAAAUCUCAAGAGUGCUUCCUGGUCUCAUUUAGUACCAAGGAACAUCCUCCACCUCAAAGUGGUUUGGCACAGAAUCUCUAUAUCAAUCAAGUGGCAGUUUAUUUAAGGUGGAUUCAGCUACAUACAUAUCCAAAAUGUGUACAUGCAUCUGUGUGCAGAGGUUUGCAGAGAAACUCUAAAUUUUGAGGCUGGACCCACGGUCACCACUCAUUACAACUGCACAAGAUCCUCUUAUAUUGAUCUCUCCUUGAACUCGAUUAACUAUAUCUUAAUGAAGACCCUUGAUUCUCUACUUACUAUAAACCCCACCACUGCUCCCUAGCUCUCAAGAAAACAAGAACCAGAAAAACUUGAAAAUCUAAAACAGAGAACAGAAGACAGAGCCAGCUUCUGAGCUCUCAACAUUAUUCACCGUUACUCACCUGAUUUCUUUCAAUGUCUAAGGGCAAAAAGUACGGCAGUGUGUGUGAGUGAGUGUGUGUAUCUAUAUCUUCUUAUCCAUUAGCAAGUUAUCCUCCGUCUAGUUUUUUCUGCACACAGCUGCAUCCUUCCUGAGGGAAUUUCUCUCUUCCCAUUCCCCUGCUGUCUAAGCCCUUAGACCCUGCACAGAUUCUUGGAUAACAAAACGAGAAGAGAACAUUUUCCGACCUACCCUUUCUGAUUGUCCUCCAUGAUCCCAGACUUUGCUCUAAAUUGCACUUUAAAUCAUACUUUUUAAUACAACUUAGCUUAUUCUCCCAUAAGCCCCUCAGAGAAUAACAUGCCCCACCCUCAACCCUUAAUGGCUUUAGACUGCAGCCCCCAUCUCCUCUGAGCUGAAACCCCCUUUCAAGCUAUCGGACAAGCUUUAGAAGGAGCCAGGUCUGGUGAGAAAUGGGCCCCCGAUCACACCAACCAUAGACUUGGAAUGUCAGGAGAGCACUAGGCACAGAUGUUAAGGGGGAUUUCAGAGGAUAGGCACGACAACUGAUGGGGGAGGAUACUCAGGGCGUGAAGAUUAGAAAGGGUGGUGCUGGGGCACCUAGCGAAAUUGAUGAAACCCUGGAGUCUUCCUUGGGCUAGCAAACAAGAGGUAGGUGGAGGCUCGGGAAUUAGGAUAUCAUAUAUAUGAAAGGUUUAUCUAAGGAGAAAGAAACAGAGAUAAUAUAUAUAUAUGUAGAGAGAUGUAUAUAGAUGUAUAUAGGACCAAAUAUAACUGAAUGUACAGAAAGGAAAUAUUCAGAGAUCUUAGCGUGAGACAGACGUCUUGCUCUGGUUUUGGGGUAGGACUCCCCAGAUUUCCAGACUUAAAACCAGUGCACCUGGUUUCAGUAUAUGUGAGACACCUGAUGAGGUCUUUCUGGUGUGAUGAUGGGAAAGGGAGGGCUGGAAUCUGCUCUCCAGAAAUAAAGAGGCAUCCACUGAGGCUUCUGAUAAACCCUGUUCUGCUGGUAGGACCAGGAAGAGGGGAGAUAGGAGGAAAAUGAGGAAGGGAGAUACUCCAUCCAUGGAAGUCUAGGAGAAUCCACUGCUCAUGCUGUGUGCUUCUAUCUCCAGAAGUGUCCUGUCACUGUAGCACUUUUUUUUUUUUUUUUUUUUGCUUUAAAAUAAAAACACCCUUCUGUUUUCCUCUCUUGAAGUGGGCUGUAUUUCCCCUUCUUCCACAAGGUGGGGGCAACUGGAGCUCCAGCCCUUGGAAGUGAUGGCUAUUAAACUGAGAUGCUGAACACUGGUGUGUGGGAGGCACUGAAGGGAAACCUCAACCCUAGAAUCCAAAUGCCAGGAUGAAAGAGCUGCUGGGCCGAAGAUACUCCCAAGGCAGAGGGCCAGCCCUCUGUAUGGCUGCAAGCUGCCCAAAGAGAAUGCUCUCUAUGCUAGAAGUCCCAAUCCUGGCAUUUGGGCAUGGGGGAGAGGUAGUGCUUUGGCUUUGUUGCUUCUGUAUGAAAAUAAGGAGUGGGGCUACCACCUGCCUGGGGGAUGGUGCAGGGACAUGAGAGGCUUCUGAAAUCCCUUCUGUGUACUUCACUUCGUUAUCCCUCUGAUCUCUGUCAGCUAAUAAGACCAUCCAGGGAUUUCCCCAUGAGGUCUAUGCAGAGAAAGGAAGCCAGUUAUACUAUUGCUACAAGCUGGGGAUACUGCCCUCUCCCCAGCGCUGCUCCCUUGGUCCUUUACCCCUGCUAGUGAACCUAGUUUAUUUGUAAAAUAACACACUACCUUUGCUGUAAAGUUAGCAUGGGCCUCCAGGCUCAGUAAUGGCCAACUCUACUGAAGCAGAAGUAUCUAGAGAUGGUUUUUCCAUUCAUUGCAUUAAGGACUAAACCAGGUCAAAUUUACUUAGGAAAAAGAUGUGAGAUUUUUUUGGUUUAUUUUUGUCUGUUCAGAGCA